UCAGGGUCGGCCCAGAAGUAGUUCCUCCAAAAAUACUUUUGAAAUGUUUAGCCGGGAGUCCAGAUAUGCCAAAGCAUUAAAAUCAGACAAAUCGACGAAAUCUAAUAAAUCAUUUCGGAGUCCAUAUUUGCGAAUGAGAGAAGUGCCGGAGCCGGAGAUCACAGCUAUCGAGACAUCAACUCAUAUCCUGCAGUGCGAGGCCGGCGGGUCUCCCACUCCCACCAUAUUUUGGCUCAAAAAUGGCAAAAGAAUUAAUCAGGGAGAAAUGGGUUCUCUGAGCGACGAUGACAUUCAAAAAGGGGAGUUGAGUCUGAGUCUGACCCGAUCCCGGCUUUUCCUGGACUGUGUUCACCCGAAAGACGACGCCGUCUACUCGUGUGUCGCCUCAUCGCCC